GCAAAGGGCCGCGAGACUGCUGUAGGAGUCUAGCUCCCGCAGCAGAGAGGCCCAGUGACUCGUUCCCGUAAGAGCGAGCAUCGCUUCUUCUCGGACUUUACAAGCGAGCGUAAAGUCGGUACUGCUGACAGAUCUCCUAAGCGUUACCUCGCCGUCACGCAUUGGGUCAGACGUUGCGAAUCUGGGCUUGAAGCCAAUUCUGCGUCGCUGAGAUGGUCAUCACUGGCUACAUAGCCUGUGAGCUCACAGAGCUCACGAAACUUAUGGGACGCAAGUUCCAUGCAUUGAUACAUCCAGAGGAACGGCGAGCGAGACGACAAGUGAAGGCUGGCGAGUCAGCGGAAGAUCGCACCCGUCGCAAACGAGAGAAAGCAGCCAUGCGACAUGGACUCUUCGGCAAGAUCACCUGAUGCGAUCACUGCCGUCUCUCCACCAGACGACCCCGGCGUGAAAGGUCAACAAGAGGACUCUCCCGCGCCGGCACCCACUGUGGAUGAGCGAACGCCCCUAUCAGCUCCGCGUCUCGGCAAAUCUGGGCAUUUUCCGGCUUUCAGAGAUCUGCCAGCGCCAAGCCAAGGGCUGCCGAGCAGCAUCCCAGAUUGGGCAGCCAAGCUUGAUGUCUCAUCUUCGAUAACGAGUUUCCUAGAUAAGAAAUCUUUUCGCGUGCGCCCAACCUCUUGCGCUCGAGGAUCGAACGACCUCUCUUCGUCUUGCACUAGCGGCCUCGCUCGUCUGUCACAUUCGCCCGGCAAGGAGCGGAGAGACUUCUUGGGAUACGUUCAGGCCUCGUUAGACAGAUCUUUAGACUUUGCAAACAUGGUCGUCCUCAACUUUACCGACAGUCAGGACAUGAUUGUCAAUGCCGGCACUCCGGACGAGAUUGUCUACAAUGCCGGCGACUUUGCCUGGGUUCUGACCUCGACAGCUCUUGUCAUGAUCAUGACACCCGGUCUCGGCUUCUUCUACAGCGGUUUGCUGCGAAGAAAGAACGCGCUUUCGAUGAUCUGGGCCUCCAUGGUCGUCUUCGCGACCGUCUCAUUCCAAUGGUUCUUCUGGGGAUACUCCUUGACCUUUUCGCCAACCGGCAGCAAGUUCAUCGGCAACCUCGACAACUUUGGUCUCAUGAAUGUUUUGCUUGACGAAUCCGCUGGAUCCACGCGCAUCCCUGCGUUGCUCUACUGCAUCUACCAGCUCAUGUUCGCCGCCAUCACACCCAUGAUCGCAGUCGGCGCCAUGGCCGAGCGAGGACGUCUCGGACCUAUCAUGGUCUUCACGUUCGUUUGGGCCACCCUUGUCUAUGAUCCUAUCGCGUGCUGGACUUGGGCACCCAAUGGUUGGGCGUACAUCCUGCCCGCCCUCGAUUUCGCCGGCGGAGGUCCCGUACACAUGUCCUCGGGCACUGCAGCGCUCGCCUACUCCAUCUGGAUCGGCAAGCGUCGCGGCUACGGCACUGAGCGACUCGCCUACAAGCCUCACAAUGUCUCUCACGUCGUUCUCGGCACAGUAUUCCUCUGGUUCGGCUGGUUUGGCUUCAACGGUGGUUCUGCUCUCUCGGCCAAUCUCCGCGCAACUCAGGCGGCAAUCGUUACCAACAAUGCAGCGGCCGUCGGUGGUCUUACCUGGAUGUUGCUCGAUUGGAGGCUAGAGCGCAAGUGGUCUGCCGUCGGCUUCUGCUCAGGUGCUAUUUGCGGUCUCGUCGGUAUCACACCCGCAUCCGGUUACGUUGGAACACCCGCUUCGCUCGCCAUCGGUGUCAUCACUGCAGCAUGCUGCAAUUGGGCGACUAAGCUCAAGUUCAUCUUCGGAUACGAUGACGCACUCGAUAUCUUCGCCGCUCACGGUAUCGGAGGAAUGGUCGGCAACUUGUUGACCGGUCUUUUCGCCGAUUCCCGCGUCGUGUCGUUUGAUGGCGCAUCCGUCAUCGACGGUGGAUGGAUCAACCAUCACUACAUUCAGCUUGCCUACCAGCUCGCCGACUGCGCCGCCAUCAUGGGAUAUGCCUUCGCAAUGACAAUGCUCAUCUUGGUCGUCAUGGAUUACAUUCCAGGCCUUUCCCUCCGUGCAUCUGAGGAGGCCGAAAUCAUCGGUGUCGACGAAGCGGAGAUGGGCGAAGUCGCGUACGACUAUGUCCUGCUAGAAAAGGAUCUAGAGGCAAAGUACUUUGAGGAGACUGGCUCUCGCUCGUCGUCUGACCUACCAGAGAAGUCGGGCGUUCAGCCGCCAUCAGCACGCUCUGCGCAGCAGCCCGAGAAGACUGAUGUGCACGACGAUGCCGUACCAGCAUCGACAGAGCCUGCGACCACGACCGCAUAA